GCUGGAGGCCGGGCGGGGACGCGCUGCCCCCGCCCUGCCUCCCGUGGUCCACACCCCCUUUGGGCUCCUGAGCCUCUGGGCUGGAAUAGUCCCGGCUGCGCGAGAGCAAGCGCUGCCAGCCCGGCUUCUGCCCGGGAUUCGGAUCCCAGGAGCAGGGGUCCGGGGCGCCGGUGUCCUCCCCGCCGCCGCCGCCUCCUCCCUUUCGCGCUCACCUGCGCCUAUUAGUCCACUCGCCUUCAAGGCCAGUGGCUCCAGCCCAGACGGACAGGGGACAGCAGAGGGAAAGCGCACCUGAGGAUAGAAGCGGGCGCUGCACUGCCUUUUCACCCCCCAGGUGAUGAGUGAGGUUCGAAGAACGCAAGAUUUGAAAAGCGACCGUGGUGAAUGAAAGACCCCGGGCACAGGCACCACCAUGAACACGAGCAUUCCUUAUCAGCAGAAUCCUUACAACCCGCGGGGCAGCUCCAAUGUCAUCCAAUGCUACCGAUGUGGAGAUACCUGCAAAGGGGAAGUGGUUCGCGUCCACAACAACCACUUCCACAUCCGAUGUUUCACCUGUCAAGUAUGUGGCUGUGGCCUGGCCCAGUCGGGCUUCUUCUUCAAGAACCAGGAGUACAUCUGCACGCAGGACUACCAGCAACUUUAUGGCACCCGCUGUGACAGCUGCCGGGACUUCAUCACAGGGGAGGUCAUCUCUGCCCUGGGCCGCACCUACCACCCCAAGUGCUUCGUGUGCAGCUUAUGCAGGAAACCUUUCCCGAUUGGAGACAAGGUGACCUUCAGCGGUAAAGAAUGUGUGUGCCAGACGUGCUCCCAGUCCAUGACCAGCAGUAAACCCAUCAAGAUCCGCGGACCAAGCCACUGUGCCGGCUGCAAGGAGGAGAUCAAACAUGGCCAGUCGCUGCUGGCGCUGGACAAGCAGUGGCAUGUCAGCUGCUUCAAGUGUCAGACCUGCAGUGUCAUCCUCACCGGGGAGUACAUCAGCAAGGAUGGCGUUCCGUACUGUGAGUCUGACUACCACUCCCAGUUUGGCAUUAAAUGUGAGACCUGUGACCGAUACAUCAGCGGCAGGGUCUUGGAGGCAGGGGGGAAGCACUACCACCCAACAUGUGCCAGAUGCGUACGCUGCCACCAGAUGUUCACCGAAGGGGAGGAGAUGUACCUCACAGGUUCUGAGGUGUGGCACCCCAUCUGCAAACAGGCAGCCCGGGCAGAGAAGAAGUUAAAGCAUAGACGGACAUCGGAAACUUCCAUCUCACCCCCUGGAUCCAGCAUCGGGUCACCCAACCGAGUCAUCUGCGCUAAAGUGGAUAAUGAGAUCCUUAAUUACAAAGACCUGGCAGCUCUCCCCAAGGUUAAAUCCAUCUACGAGGUGCAACGCCCCGACCUCAUUUCCUACGAGCCUCAUUCCCGAUACACGUCCGACGAGAUGCUGGAGAGAUGUGGCUAUGGAGAGUCGCUGGGAACCUUAUCUCCCUACUCUCAGGACAUCUACGAGAACCUGGACCUCCGGCAGAGACGGGCCUCCAGCCCAGGAUACAUCGACUCCCCUACCUACAGCCGGCAGGGCAUGUCCCCCACCUUCUCCCGCUCCCCCCACCACUACUACCGCUCUGGGCCCGAGAGUGGCCGGAGCUCUCCAUACCAUAGCCAGUUAGAUGUGAGGUCCUCCACUCCGACCUCUUCUCACCAGCCUCCCAAGCACUUUCACAUCCCAGCAGCUGGAGAAAGUAACAUCUACCGGAAACCCCCGAUCUACAAACGGCAUGGUGAUCUGUCUACAGCAACCAAGAGCAAAACAAGUGAAGACAUCAGCCAAGCCUCCAAGUACAGUCCAGCAUACUCACCAGACCCCUACUAUGCCACAGAGUCUGAGUACUGGACCUAUCAUGGGUCUCCCAAAGUGCCCCGGGCCAGAAGGUUCUCAUCUGGAGGAGAGGAGGAUGAUUUUGAGCGCAGCAUGCACAAGCUCCAGAGUGGAAUCGGCCGGCUGAUUCUGAAGGAGGAGAUGAAGGCCCGGUCAAGCUCCUAUGCCGAUCCCUGGACCCCUCCCCGGAGCUCCACCAGCAGCCGGGAGGCCCUACACACAGCUGGCUAUGACAUGUCCCUCAAUGGUUCCCCUCGGUCACACUACCUGGCUGACAGCGAUCCCCUCAUCUCCAAAUCUGCCUCCCUGCCUGCCUACAGAAGAAACGGGCUGCACAGGACACCCAGCGCAGACCUCUUCCACUACGACAGCAUGAACGCCGUCAACUGGGGCAUGAGAGAGUACAAGGUAAAGGACAUGCACUGUCAGUGGAGGUCUCCAGGAUUCUGGGAGUUGCCACACUGGGGACAAGCAGGAGGAUGGCAGCACCAUCUAUGCAGAGAAGGGGACAUGGAUAUUUAACCACAAGGGUUCUUUCAAGACUAACAUUUCCUGUCCCUCUUUGGCCCACUUUCCCUGACUCCUUCCCUAGAUCUCUUGCCCACUGAAAUCAAACAGCUUGCCUGGGCCUCAGAGACUUUCUGGGACUUGACAAAUAUUAGACACUUACAUGCAGGAACCCUUGUACCAACAUGAAUACCAAAUGCCACCAAGCAUACCCCUAGCAAUAUUAGGGGGUUCUUCAGGGCCUUGCUUUGGGGAGAAGGUGCCUUAAGGCUACUUGUAAAGCCUAAGGAGGUGAGACCCAACCCUUCCUCCAAACACCAUCAAUGGCCCUUUCUGGAUAGAAGAGGGAGCCUAGAUACAAAAUACAGCUGGAAGGGAAAAGCCCACCACCCUCCCCAAGGUAGAAACACCCCACCCCUCUCUUCUUAGAUCUACCCUUAUGAACUUCUCCUGGUGACCACAAGAGGCAGAAACCGACUGCCCAAGGAUGUGGACCGGACCCGCCUGGAGCGCCACCUGUCCCAGGAAGAGUUCUACCAAGUCUUCGGUAUGACCAUCUCUGAGUUCGACCGGCUGGCCCUGUGGAAGAGGAAUGAGCUCAAGAAGCAAGCUCGGCUGUUCUAAGCGGAGGCUCUAUAACUAUAUAUAUGCAUUUCUACAAAGAUAGCUGUAAAAUCUCAACACAGAAGCUUGGUGUAACCCUCUCUUGUAUAAUGGGGCAUGUUGCCUGCCAGAGAUUCACUUUUCUGUACUGUCAGGCAAGCCUGCACCAUCAAGAUAUUUUUAUGCUCCUUACUCCCUCUUUUCUAAGUGCUGUGGGACCUGGGAAGGGAUUUGAGGGGACUCUGUCCUUUGACGGGGGAUCCUUUUUAUAUCAAAACAUCUGUCCUUCCUAACUUGAGUCCCCUAAAGUCCAACUCUCAUUCCUAGAAAAGGUGCCUAGAGACACCUCUCUUCUCUCUGCUUCUUGGCCCUUAGUCCAAGGCUCCAGCACUGAUGCUGACCAUGGGAUUUUCACAUCUUAUUGGCCCCAGAGGGGCCCUCCCACAGGAGGAUACACAAUGACCUCCUGAACCACGGAGCGCUUUGGAGAUCCCAAGAAGAAUUUUCUCAAAAUCCCCACUUAGGAGCUCUCUGGGGGAUGAUGCACUUGGAUGUAUGAGCCUCAAAUCCACUGGCUCUUCCAGUAAACAGAACUGAAUAGGGCCCUGAUCUCUCCUCAGCUCUUCAACCCUCCUCCUUCUGCCCCUUGACCCUAACCUCUCCCUUGUCCAAAUCCAGAAUCCAUGGUAGGAAAAAAAAAGGCACUUCCCUUCCCUCCACCACUUCCAACUGGCCCCUUUGCCUGGCCCGGACUUAGAGGACCAGAGGAAAGGAGAGGAAGCUGGGUGUGGGAGAUGGAGCCUGGCACCUGUUGAAAUCUGAGCUGCAGAACCCAUUGGGACCUCCUCUUCUUCACUGCUCCCUGCAACUCCCCACCCUGACCCUUUCAAGGAGAGGCCCAGUACAGCAAGCAGCCUGUAUUCUUCAGCCUUAUUACAAUCUAUGUGCCUGACAACUCAACAACCACAGGGCUAUGUUCCCACCUUAGCUCCUACCCAAAAACUAGACAAGCAACUCUCACCAUGGUCUGGAGGGAGAGUGGGCCACAUCCAAGAGAAAGGUCCUAGUUGGUGCCACUAGUCCUUAGCCUAGCAGAAAAACCAUCCCAGACCCCACCCAUCCCUGCUCCUGCUAAGAAGUUGGCUGUAUCACACAAAGAAACUUCAGAAAAACAGUUGCUUAUAGGAUUCCCAAGUGAAGCAGUGGCCAACACUGCUCAUGGUCAUCCCCACUUUCCCCGUGGCUGCCUUUUCUGCCUCCUUGCCUUCUGGAACACGGUGGAAACUUAAACUUCUCUCCUCCCUUCUCCAGCCCUGAGUUGGUAAUGUUCAGGGGGGCUGUUCCUGCAUGGAGAUGUCUUGAGUCAGACCAUUUUGAGGUCUUGGAGGAAGGAUGAAGAAGUGGAAAUGACAGUUACAACUCUGAAGACUCUGGUGAUGUGAAGUGGCCAAUGUAGAACUGACUUCAACAAACCCCCACUGAGCACCUACUGCUGCUGCACACUUGCUGAAUAUGGGGCACUGAAUGGGAGAGGGGGGACACUGGGAUGAGACACCACAGGCCCUGGGCUUAGAGACAGUCUACUCAUCAUGGGUAUCUUAAAGCAGUUACCCAGACAUGAUGGGUGUAAGGAAGAAAGUGACAGGAGAAGGCGUGAGAAAGUGUGUGUGUGUGUGACACUGAAAAGGCAUAUGCAGUUCAUGCUGACCAAGAAAAGCUUUUGGGAAGAGACUGUAUUGAGCAAAGUUCAGGAAGUAUCUGUGUACACUGGGAGGAGACUGUAUGUUGAAAGGGUGAUAGGGUGAGGGACCAGAAGGGAAGUCUAGUAUACUCACAUUUAAAAGUCACCCCCCAUAACUUCUCUCUUUGGCCAACGUCAAUAACUUCCCUGACCCUUUAGAAAUGUCCCCAGUCAGACACAAUCAUUGAAACUGCCUCAUUAUCACUGGUUGAGAACUUGGUGAGAUGGAAGAGCUUUUGUUAUUGUUGUUGAAUAUUUUUGUUUCCCAUAAAAGCACACCAUUUCAACCCAAACCUCUGUCCUUCUGUGGUUCCUAGUGUGAGUGGAAGUGAGAGCCUGAACCAUGCACAUUGUUCAAAAUAAAAGAACCUAAAGAACA